UUAAGCUCGCCGGCAAUAACUCAACAAGUGCCAGUUAAUACGGUAUUAUCACCUCCAGCAUAUACAGCACCUACAGCACCAACACAUACAACAAUCAUACCUAUAGAAUCAACUUCUCCAACUUCUUCAGCACCAACUUCUAUAGUUCCACAACAGCAAAUUAUUUUAAUAACAGGAAAUACAUCUACAUUACCAUUAAGCGAUGGUGCACAAACUACCCAAAUAAUUUCAAUAGACCCUUCACAAUUAAACCAAAUAUUAGCUAUUACUCAACAACAGCAACACCAGGAUAAUUUAACAAAUCCACCUACACCUCCACCAAAAGAUUAA